AUGAUUUGCAAGGACACGACCUAUUUUACGAUCUUAUCUUUUGGUGUUCUUCUUUGGGAAUGUUUAACAGGUGAAAUACCUUAUAAAGGUUUUGAUCCAAUGCAAGUUGCAUUUGGUAUUGCAACUAAUAAAUAUUCUCUUCCCAUUCCAAGUACAUGUCCCGAAGAAUUUUCACAAUUAAUGACAAAUUGUUGGAAAAUUUGUCCACCUGAUCGACCAACAUUUAGUAUGUUACUUGAACAAAUAAAUAAAAUUAUUGAAGUAAAUUAUACAACUAAUGAAAUAAAUCAUAUGGAACCAAAUGAAGAAUCAUAUCAAUCAUUACAAAAAGAUUGGCGUCAAGAAAUUCAAGAUAUGUUUAAUGAAUUAAAAGAAAAAGAACAAGAAAUUCGUGAUCGUGAACAAGCUAUUCAUCAACGUAUAUUAGAACAAAAUCAUCAACGUUUACAAUUAGAAAAAUGGGAACAACAAUUAUAUGAACGUGAAAUGCAUAUUGUUGAAUUAGAAUUACAAUUAUUAAUAGCAAAAAAUAAUCAACAACGUACACAUCAUCAUACACCAAAACUAUCAAAUCGAUCUGGAGGAUUUUUUCGUUCAAUUCUCAAUGGAAAUAAUAAUCUUUCAUCUAGUACUAAUACAUUAAUUAGUAGUCCAACAAAUUUUCGUCAUUUAAUAUCUGUAUGUCAUAAUCAACCGACAAUUGAUCCAACAUUAUCACCAAAUAUUCCAAUAUUAUCUCCAUCAUUUUCAUCAUCUACAUCAUGUCCAAUGCCACCUAAUUCAAUAAAUAAUCCAUCUAAUUCUCAAUUUAAUCGUUCAUAUUCAAGUAAUAGUACACCAACAACACCGAAUAUGAGUCGACUUCGUACAUUAACUUUUAAUCAAUUAGUUGAUGGAUGUAAUCCAACAACACCACCUGAUAAACCUCCACGUUCAAUUAGUCAAACCAAAUCAUCUGGACGUAAAUCUAAAUCAUCUUCAGCUAUAAAACGUAGACAUGGAAAAACACAUGUACAUAAUGGUGAAGCAAAAUGGUAUUUAGAAACAUUAUCAUCAAUAAAUACAAAUAAUAAUAAUAAUAAUAAUCAUGAUAAUACAACAGUAUCAAGUACAAUAUCAACUCCAAUUAUUGAUCGAUCAACUCGAAGAUUAGUUCUUUUAUUUGAUAAUUUAAAACUAAUAAAAAAAUUCUUUUUUUCAAAUGUAGGUUCAUCUUCAUCUUCUCUAUGUUCAACACCAAAUGAUCGUUCAUUAGCACGUGCUGUAUUUGAUAUAAAUUCCAUGUUAUUGAGUGUUGGACUUGGUCAUCGUAUACCUACUCCAAUCGAUUCAUCUUCAAUUCGAACAUUUCAACAACAACAACAACCGACUGUUGUUUGUUCAACAAAUGAAACAGUAAAAACAAAAUAUCAUAAACAAAUUAAUUCAAUACCAUUAACAAACGAUACAACUAAACAAACAACUGAAUUGAUAAAUAUUGAUUAUCGAUCAGAACCUUUUUGUUCACCAAUUCGACCUAAUUCACUUAUACUUUUAUCAUCAUCAUCAUCCUCACAAAAUUCUAGUCAAAAAAAUCCAAUUAUAUCAACAAGAAUAGAAAAUCAACAAAUAACAGAUGAUGAUAAUGAAAAAUAUUAUUCAGCACAAUCAUCAAAAAUAUCAACACCAAUGAUACAUUCAGUGGAUUUAUCAUCUUAUAGAGAGAAUUUUGAAGAUAAAUUAAUAUUAUCAUCUAUAAUUGAUAUUGACAAUGAUGAACAAAAACGACAUCAUUCAACAAAAUUAUUACCAACACAAAUUGAAAAUAAUAAAAACUUCUCAAUUUCACCUCAUGUUCUUGCAAAAGAUUUUCUCAACUAA